UCGAGCACAGCCGCCGAGCCGCGCAGCCCCGCGCCAGCUCCGCGCCCCCGGCCGCUCUCCGCGCUUCUCUCGGCCCCGCUCCCGCCCCUGCGGCCCUCCGCCAAAUGAAACUGGCCGCGAUGAUCAAGAAGAUGUGCCCGAGCGACUCGGAGCUGAGUAUCCCGGCCAAGAACUGCUACCGCAUGGUCAUCCUCGGUUCGUCCAAGGUGGGCAAGACGGCCAUCGUGUCGCGCUUCCUCACGGGCCGCUUCGAGGACGCCUACACGCCCACCAUCGAGGACUUCCACCGCAAGUUCUACUCCAUCCGCGGCGAGGUCUACCAGCUCGACAUCCUCGACACGUCCGGCAACCACCCGUUCCCCGCCAUGCGGCGCCUCUCCAUCCUCACUGGAGACGUUUUCAUCCUGGUGUUCAGCCUGGACAACCGGGACUCCUUCGAGGAGGUGCAGAGGCUCAAGCAGCAGAUCCUCGACACCAAGUCUUGCCUCAAGAACAAAACCAAGGAGAACGUGGACGUGCCGUUGGUCAUCUGUGGCAACAAGGGGGACCGGGACUUCUACCGCGAGGUGGAGCAGCGCGAGAUCGAGCAGCUGGUGGGCGACGACCCCCAGCGCUGCGCCUACUUCGAGAUCUCGGCCAAGAAGAACAGCAGCCUGGACCAGAUGUUCCGGGCGCUCUUCGCCAUGGCCAAGCUGCCCAGCGAGAUGAGCCCGGACCUGCACCGCAAGGUGUCCGUGCAGUACUGCGACGUGCUGCACAAGAAGGCGCUGCGGAACAAGAAGCUGCUGCGAGCCGGCAGCGGCGGCGGGGACCCCGGCGACGCCUUCGGCAUCGUGGCGCCCUUCGCACGCCGGCCCAGCGUGCACAGCGACCUCAUGUACAUCCGCGAGAAGGCCAGCGGCGGCAGCCAGGCCAAGGACAAGGAGCGCUGCGUCAUCAGCUAGGAGCCUACCCCCACCCCCAGCCCCCCGCGCCGGCGGCAGAACCUAAAGAGGACG